AAGGUAAAAAAUUAAAUUAAGUAAACCUAUACGAAGAUGCGGAAAAAUGUGGUCUUUACAGAGAAGUAAAUCAAAUAAUCAAACGAUUAGCAAUGCAUGCAGAUAGUUUGUUAAUGAAUGUGGAUAAUAACGUAUGCGAGCAAUUCAACAGCAUUAUUAACAAACAUUUGGCUGGCAAACGAAUAAAUUUUUCAUUACGUCAAUCAUAUAACACUCGAAUUGAAUCCGGAGUAAUUUCAUACAACACCUCAGGCCAACUAUUGCGCUCAUUACACAAACAUGUAGUCCAUAAAAUUAGUCCAGGAAAUGUUGGUAAACGUUUUUUAAAAUCAAGAGAACGAAAAGCCGUGUUAUUAAAAAACAGAAGAAAAUUAAUUCCUAAAAGGAAAUUAUUUUUAGAUAAAUCGUGUGGGGCCGAUGCAAAUUACGGUUUAGCUGAAGCACUAAUUGACGAGUAUACGCAGGACGAUCUCGAACGUAAAAAAACAUCCAACUUUGGACGGAUUUGUAAACGAAGACCAACUACCUCAUGUAAAAAUAUUAUAUAUGAUUUGCUAUAUAGAUCAUUUACAUCAAUCGCAACUGAAUAUGGUAAAGAAAUGGAGCCAUUAGCGAUUAAAGAAUUUGAAAAUAUAAAAGGAAAAACAAUUUUACCUUGUGGUCUGAUGAUUGAUCAAGAUUUUUCGUAUUUAGCUGCAUCUCCAGAUGGUUUAACCGAAGAUAAUGGUUUAGUAGAAAUUAAGUGUCCUUAUUCAGCGAAAGAUUAUACAAAUAUUAAUGACGCUAUAAUAGAAAAAAAGAUAAACUUUCUUCGAUUAAAUUUAAAUAAAGAACCCGAAUUAAAAAAAACGCAUGAUUACUAUUAUCAGAUACAAGGGCAGCUGCAUAUUAGUAAAAAAAAAUAUUGUGAUUUUAUAGUGUAUUCUAGUAAUUGGUUACACGUAGAAACUAUUUAUUAUAAUAAUGAAUUUUGGAUAAAUGUCAUGCAACCUAAAUUAACAAAGUUUUACUUAAAUUGCUUGUUACCAGAAAUCGUGAUACCUCAGUAUGGUAAACGACUAUUAGUUGAAGAUAUCAAAGACCCUAAAGAAAUGAAGACAUAAGAUCUAAUCUUAUAUACCUAGCUAGUAGCUACCUAUGCGACUAUGCUCUGUCCAGCGAGAGAACUAUAUUUAUAUA